CCAAAUGUGCCGCCCGCCUCCGCCACACCACUGACGCCGCCGCCAUGCCGGGGCCUUCCUCCUCCUCCGCACCGUGGUGGCUGGCCACCACGGCCUGCUCCCCGCCACCCUUAUCCCCCGCGUCCCUCCCCGACCGCCUCGCCUUCCUCCUCCUCACCCCCUGCCCGCAGCGCGCGCUCCUCGCCGCCCUCGACCUCCUCUUCCUCCUCGCCGCCCUCGCCCUCUCCCUCCGCGCCCGCCUCCAUCUCCACCACCGCCGCGCGCGCCAGGAUCAGCAUCAGCACGAGGUGGAGCCCCUGCUCGCGAAGCCGGCACCGGCCCGGUCCCACGGGAGGGGGUUCCGCCACAGGCUCGCGCUGGGGGCCUCCUCGGCGCUCGCCGCCGCGUCGCUCGUGCUGCUCGCGCUCGCCUUCCUGCUGCUCCCCGCGAAGGGGUACAGCAGCGACUGGACCGCGCUCCAGCGCGCCUUCCUCGCGGCGCAGCUCCUCGCGCACCUCGCCGCCGCGGGGACAGUCGCGGCGGAGAAGCCCGGGGCCGCGCGCGCCCACCCGACGCACCUGCGCCUCUUCUGGCUCGCCACCGCGCUGCUCGCCGCGCUCUUCUCCGGCUCCGCGGCCGCGCGCUUCGUCGCAGGUCAGCCCGUCCUCCCCGACGACCCCAUCGCGUUCGCCGGGCUCGUGCUCUCGCUCCCUCUGCUCUACUUCGCGGUCGACGGCUCCAGCGGCCUCGGUGAAGCGGCGGCCACUAGCGAGGAGGAACCAAGCGGUGCCUCUGAGGCGGCGACUUCCUACGCCACGGCGUCGUGGCUCUCGCUGGCGACCUUCAGCUGGAUCACCCCGCUCAUCACCAAGGGCUACAGAGCGACUCUCGGCGCCGAAGACGUCCCGCCGGUGGCGCCCUCCGAUACCGCCGAGGCCGCGUACGCUCUGUUCGUCUCCAACUGGCCGGCGCCCCCCGCGCCAGGGUCCAAGGCCGGGCACCCGGUGAUCACCGCGCUGCUGCGGUCCUUCUGGCCGCAGUUCCUGCUCACCGCCGCGCUGGGCGUGGCGCACCUCUCGGUCAUGUACAUCGGCCCGUCGCUCGUGGACAGGUUCGUCCAGUUCGUUCGCCGCGGCGGAGACAUGACGGAGGGGCUGCAGCUGGUCGGCAUCCUCCUCGCCGGCAAGGCCGCCGAGACUAUCGCGUCGCACCACUACGAGUUCCAGGGGCAGAAGCUGGGGAUGCGCAUCCAUGCUGCUCUGCUCGCCGUGGUGUACCGCAAGUCGCUGCGGCUGUCCACGGGCGCGCGGCGCGCGCACGGCGCCGGCACGAUCGUGAACUACAUGGAGGUGGAUGCCGAGGAGGUGUCCAAUGUCACGCACGAGCUCCACAACCUGUGGCUGAUGCCGCUGCAGAUCGCCGUCGCCCUCGCCCUGCUCUACACCCACCUCGGCCCAUCUGUGCUCACCGCGGUCGCCGCGAUCUCUGUGGUGACCGUGGUCGUGGCCCUCGCCAACCGGCGUAACAUGGAGUACCAGUUCAAGUUCCUCGGCAAGCGCGAUGAGCGCAUGAAGGCCAUCACCGAGUUGCUCAACUACAUGCGCGUGAUCAAGCUGCAGGCAUGGGAGGAGACGUUUGGUUCCAAGAUUAGUGAGCUCAGGGAGGCUGAGCUUGGGUGGCUUGCCAAGUCCAUGUACUUCAUGUGUGCCAACACCAUCGUGCUCUGGAGCGGCCCGCUUGCCAUGACCGUGCUCGUGUUCGGCACCUGCGUGCUGACAGGUGUCAAGCUCGACGCUGGCAAGGUGUUCACGGCCACCGCGUUCUUUCGGAUGCUCGAUGGACCUAUGCAGAGCUUCCCGGAGGCGAUCGCCGCUGUGACGCAGGCGACCGUGUCGCUUGGAAGGCUUGACAGGUAUCUGCUUGAUGCAGAGCUCGCUGACACUACAGUGGAGCAUGUCCUUGAUGCUGAUACUGGCCCGGACCGAGUGGUCGUGGAGGUGCACGAUGGCAUGUUCGCGUGGGACGUGAGGGGCAAGAAGGAGAAUGAAAAGGAAGAAGAGGAAAAUGAUGACAGUGAAGGUGAGGAGGAUGAGAGAAUUGUGGAGGAGGCACCAGUGCUAGAGACAGUGCUGAAGGGGAUUAAUAUGAAGGUGAGGAAAGGCGAACUUGCGGCGGUGGUUGGAAUGGUCGGGUCCGGCAAGUCGUCACUGCUCUCCUGCAUUAUGGGGGAGAUGGACAAGGUCUCAGGCAAAGUCAUGAAAGAUGGUAUGAUUGCACAGUCAGGAAAGUUUGACGAGUUACUAGAGGCAGGCUCAGGCUUUUCAGCUCUUGUUGCUGCUCAUGAUAGUUCAAUGGAACUGGUGGAACAGAGUCGACAAGUAGAGAAGACUGAACAUUCUCAGCCUGCAGUAGUCAGAAUCCCAUCUCUUCGCUCUAGAUCCAUUGGAAAGGGUGAGAAGGUGAUCGUUGCACCAGAAAUAGAAGCAGCUACUUCUAAGAUUAUACAAGAAGAGGAAAGAGAGAGUGGCCAAGUAAGUUGGCGUGUGUACAAGCUAUACAUGACAGAGGCUUGGGGUUGGUGGGGAGUUGUGGGCAUAUUUGGAUUAUCAUUGGUGUGGCAAGCUUCUGAUAUGGCUAGUGACUAUUGGCUGUCAUAUGAAACAUCAGGCGGCAUCCCAUUUAAUCCUUCACUGUUUAUCGGAGUGUAUGUUGCCAUAGCUGGUGUUUCAAUGGUACUGCAAGUAAUCAAGACUUUUCUUGAGACGGUUAUGGGACUUCAAACAGCUCAGAUCUUUUUCAGGAAGAUGUUUGACAGCAUUUUGCAUGCCCCGAUGUCAUUUUUUGACACCACUCCUUCAGGAAGGAUUCUUAGUCGGGCAUCAUCUGACCAAACAACUAUCGAUGUUGUGCUGGCAUUUUUCGUUGGCCUGACAAUUUCAAUGUACAUUUCAGUAUUGAGCACCAUAGUUGUUACUUGUCAGGUUGCCUGGCCCUCAGUUAUAGCUGUAGUUCCGCUUCUGCUAUUGAACAUUUGGUACAGGAACCGCUAUCUUGCAACUUCUCGGGAGCUAACUCGACUUGAAGGAGUAACCAAGGCACCGGUUAUCGAUCACUUUACUGAGACCGUUGUAGGUGCUACAACCAUACGAUGUUUUAAGAAGGAAAAUGAAUUUUUCCAGGAGAAUCUAGAAAGAAUCAAUUCAAGUUUGCGCAUGUACUUCCACAAUUAUGCAGCAAAUGAGUGGCUUGGGUUCCGACUGGAGCUGAUCGGAACACUCGUACUGUCAAUCACUGCUUUCCUGAUGAUCAGCUUGCCCAGCAAUUUUAUCAAGAAAGAAUUUGUUGGCAUGUCUCUUUCGUAUGGCCUUUCCCUCAAUUCUCUGGUGUACUUUGCAAUAUCGAUCAGCUGUAUGUUGGAAAAUGAUAUGGUUGCUGUAGAGAGGGUAAAUCAGUUCAGCACUCUUCCUUCUGAGGCAGCAUGGAGAAAAGAGGAUCAUCUUCCUCCGAAUUGGCCCACACAUGGAGAUAUUGACAUCAGCGAUCUAAAGGUUAGGUAUCGACCAAAUACACCUCUAAUUCUGAAGGGCAUUAAUGUGAGCAUUAGAGGUGGUGAAAAGAUAGGAGUUGUAGGAAGGACAGGCAGUGGAAAAUCAACUUUGAUUCAAGCACUGUUCAGGCUUGUAGAACCUGCAGAGGGGAAGAUGAUCAUUGAUGGAGUAGACCUAUGUGCAUUGGGUCUGCAUGAUCUUAGGUCCCGUUUCGGCAUAAUUCCCCAGGAGCCAGUUCUCUUUGAAGGGACGAUUCGAAGUAACAUUGAUCCAGUUGGCCAGUAUUCAGAUUCUGAAAUAUGGCUGGCUCUGGAGCGUUGCCAACUGAAAGAUGUGGUAGCUUCAAAAGCUGAAAAGCUCGAUGCUCUAGUGGCCGAUAGCGGGGAGAACUGGAGCAUAGGCCAAAGACAGCUUCUGUGCCUUGGCCGUGUGAUAUUAAAGCAGAACCAAAUCUUAUUUAUGGAAGAGGCAACUGCUUCCGUUGAUUCUCAAACCGACGCUACGAUUCAGAAGAUCACCCGAGAACAAUUCUCGUCAUGUACAAUUAUCAGCAUUGCACACAGGAUACCGACAGUCAUGGACUGUGAUCGAGUUUUGGUGCUGGACGCAGGUCUGGUAAAGGAGUUCGAUGCACCAUCGAGGUUGCUCGAACAACCGUCAUCCCUCUUCGGGGCGAUGGUCCAGGAGUACGCCGACCGCUCGGCCAACCUCUAGUAACUUGCUCCCGGAUACCGUAUAUAUGUAAAGAAAAAUAAAUAAGAGUGGUUUUGAUAGGUCGACUGGUUGAGUGUAUAUACCGCGCAAUACCUCAACAAAUAAAAGUAGAAGGUUGGAGAGUGUUCUCCAGUGUUAUUUAGAAAGGCAGUUGUAGUUAAGUUGAUAAUUUUGUACCACCACUGUGAGUUCGAGGUUACUAGUUCAAAGAUUAGACACUUUGCUCCCGGAUGCAGUUC